UGCUCAGUUGCGUUAGAAGUGCGAGAGGAAUUGUGGCAAGGCGCUCUCAGCGUAGGAGACGAUACUAGGAAGACGCCAUUUUGGAUUCAGCAUUAUCUAAUAUUUCUUCAUGCGUCUGUAAGAAAACUCUUUCAGAUAUGUGAAAUAUUUUGUUACCGUGAUUUUAAAUACCAUUGCUUGGUAGGUUUUUACUUCUAGAGAAUUGUUCGGAAAAUAGUUCAAAAUUGAAGCAAGUGUAAAGGCAUUUCAAGUCAGUGCUGGCACGGAGCCCGUGUUACAAUGCCGCUCCGUUGCUCCCGCUUCUUUCACGGACUAACUUCCUCGUGUUUACUUCAUUGCUAACGUUUAAUAUGUCGUGACAGUUUGCAAAGAAUAGAGUUUCCAAUGUUGUGUGAAGAAAAUUAUAACAGGAAAAUCGUAGAAUUGGUUUUCUUGCGUAGUGUUUGAUUGUAAACAAGAGACGCCAUGGCGGACCAGCAGAGCUCGUCGGAGCCUCCGAACAAGCGCGUCAAGAUGGAUAAUUACGCGGCCAACCACGAGGACCAAUUUGCUGCUCUGCUGGAAAAGGAGUUACCUGACGACCUGAUGUGGCCGAGUGAUUCAUCAUCAAGCUCUGCUGCUGGUGGCAGCUCAGGUGUUGGUGGCACCAAUGCCAGUGGUGUUGGUGGUCUUCCUUCUGGUGGAAAUGUAAACACCAGCAGCAAUGGCACGAGUGGUGUUAAUGGUCUCAUGGAGCCUGGUGGUAUGGUCACUGGUGGUGGCAACUCAGCUGGGCCUGAUAACCGGCAGCAGCAACCACAACCCAACCAGCAACUCAGCCAUCUGCUCCAGAAGAAUAACUUGCCUUCAGGCAUGAUGCAGCAGCAGCAGCAGCAUUCAAUGGCCCAGCAGAAUAUGAUGGUUAAUUCCAUGAACAAUUCCAAGCCAGGCCAUGCCAUAGCUAUGCCUUCACAACUCCCUAAUCUUGUCAAGUGCUCAGUACAAAGCUCCAUGAAUGAUGCCAUGAAUAUGAACAACAUGAACACCAUUACCAACAUGGGCACUGGAGGGCCAAUGGUCACAAAUAUGACUUCUGGUGGCAUUGCAAGCAGCACCAUGGCAUGCCACAUGCCUAUGUCAAGCUGUGGUCCUGUUAUGUCCAACACCAUGACAAGCAUGUCAAAUAUGAAUGCCUCCUGCGUCAUGAACAAAGGACCGGGGCUUGUGUCAUCGGGUGGGGGCAUGGCUGGGGACGGCAUGCUCAGCAAUGGGCCUCUCAUGGGGCAGCAAGGCCUGGUGGGGGGGCCUCGUCCUCAUGUAGUUCCUCGACAUCCUGGCAUGGGAGGGCAGCUUGCUCCAAGAUUGCAGGGUGGUGGCAACGUGGCUGUGAUGGGGGGCCAGUACAACCCAUGCUUCCCUCAUCGUCCAGUGCUGGAUGUGUCUCUUGGGGGCCAGCCUGGCGGCCCUACACGGCCUCACACCAUGAACAUGGCCCCACGCUACCCAACCCAGGACAUGGGUAUCAUCAACAACCCUGGUGUUGGGCCCAACAACCAGGGUAUGGUUGCUGGGCCUGGAGGACAAGCCAUGCAGACCGGCCCGGUAGGCCCAGGACCUCCUGGUGGGCCUGUAUCUAUCCAAGGAGGUCUCAUUGGCUCUAACACAAACGCCAACAAUUCUGGAGGCAUGGCCCCAGUCAUGGUGGGUGGCGGUGGCCCCAUGGUCCCGACCAGUUCUGCGGUGCCUAACCGACCUGAUGGGGUGCAGGGUGGACCAGCCGCAACUGGUGCCGGUGCACAGCCCAGAGCAGCAGCAGACCCUGAGAAGCGCAAGCUCAUCCAGCAGCAGCUGGUGCUGCUCCUGCACGCGCACAAGUGCCAGCGGAAGGAGCAGAGCAAUGGAGACGUCAGACAGUGCAACCUGCCCCACUGCCAGACGAUGAAGAACGUCUUGUCGCACAUGACGAUGUGUCAAGCCGGCAAGACGUGCCUCGUACCACACUGCGCUUCAUCUCGUCAGAUCAUUUCUCACUGGAAGAAUUGUGCACGUCUGGAAUGUCCGGUUUGUGAGCCUCUCAAGACCGCUGAUAAAAAUAAACAAAAUCCAAACAAUAAUAACAAUAUGGCUGCCAAUGCUGCUGCUCCGGGCAUGACUGGCCAUCAACAGCAACAACAGCAGCAGCAACAACAACAACAACAACAGCAACAAUCGCUCUGCUACAUGUUGAUUGAUCUGCUACAUGUUGCUAGCUCAAGGCCUGAAUACUACCAUCUUUUGGCUGAGAAGAUCUACAAGAUCCAGAAGGAACUCGAAGAGAAGCGCAUGCAGCGCCGUCAGUUUCCUCGAGAAGGCCAGCCUGCCAUUGAUGGAACCGCUGCUCCUCCGCCCCAGUCCAUGAUGGGUCCUGUGAACGCUGUUGCCGUGGGCCCACACUCAGGAGGGCCAUUCCCUGCUUCCUCGGGCCUCAGCCCAUUGGGCCACCCCGCGAUAUCACAGCAGCAACAACAACAGUGUGUCAGACCCAUGGGUUCUGUCAUGGUGAAACCCAUGAAUGCUGGAGGUGGUCCUGGUGCUGGUGGUCUCAUUCGUGGUGCGGCGCCGCCCAUAAUGGUGUCGAGCAGCCCUUUGCAGCAGCAGCAGCAGCAGCAGGUCUACAACAGCUCCUCAAUCACCGUAACGUCUCCAGCCAAUCUGCCCUCAUCACUACAGUGUAAUUCAAACCUUUCCCCGAAUCUAGCAUCUUCAGUACACUCGUCCCCUGUAAAUAUUCCGCCGUGCUCAUUAAUUGCUUCAUCUUGCACCUCCAGCUUCCCUGGAGGUGUAAGCACCAUGGCUCCCUCUGUGAACAACUCCCUCAGACCGCAGCUGGCGCCUCCACCUUACACUUCAACCGCCAUGAAUGUCCCCAACAUCCCUAUUUCUGCUCCUCUAAAAGUUGCUGCGUGCAGCGGAGGUGACAUCUCGAACACUUCGCUGUCACACAUCUCUCAAGCUCCUAAUAUAGUCGCUUCGUCCAGCCCUGCUGUUAUUGACAGCAACAACUUGAGCCUCCAGUCUUCCUCGCCAUGUACCUCCACAAUGACAAGCUCUUCGUCUGUCCUUGCUGCCACUAGUGGAUCAGCUACUCUUCCUGAUGACAAAAGUGAAGUCAUGAACUUCAUCAAGCAAGAGCCUAUGGAUAUGGACGUCAAGAAGGAGCCCUCGUCACCUGAGGGCGCUGAUGUCAAAGUAAAGAUGGAGAUCAAGACCGAAGUUAAAGAUGAGCCUCCUUCACCCAGCCCAGGCGCUAUGAACACCACCGAUGUCAAGGAUGGAAUAGUGGCCGUGAAGAUGGAAGUAAGCAGUCCAUCCCGGGACUCUCUACUGCCUGCGAUACUCCCUGCUUCCACCACCCCAUCCACUCCAGUCCCCAGCAUUGCCUCGACAGCUGUAGUGGUCACCACCUCCACCACCAGCACCUCGUCUACGCUCGCUCUAUCCAAGCCUUGCAAUGAUGGCCCCUCCUGCAAGCCUGGGGGCUCUUCAAAAGGACCUGGUGGUGGGUCUGGCACUGGCACCCCAACGCCUCCUACGAGCGCUGCUCCCAGUGUAGGGAAGACCUCCAACAAAGAAUUCCCUCCGCUCUUCAAGCCAGACGAACUUCGUCAGCACCUGGUGCCCACCAUGGAGAUGCUCUACAGACAAGAACCAGACAGCAUACCCUUCAGAAUGCCUGUUGAUCCAUCACAGCUUGGCAUCCCUGAUUACUUUGACAUCAUCAAGAAGCCCAUGGACCUGUCCACCAUCAAGAGAAAGCUUGACACCGGCCAGUACAAAGAUCCCUGGGACUACGUCGAUGACGUCUGGCUCAUGUUUGACAACGCUUGGAUUUACAACAGAAAAACUUCACGAGUCUAUAGAUAUUGUACAAAGUUGGCUGAGGUGUUCGAGCAAGAGAUUGACCCGGUGAUGCAGCAGCUGGGGUAUUGCUGCGGCCGCAAGCACACCUUCAACCCACAAGUGCUUUGCUGCUACGGCAAGCAGCUCUGCACCAUCCCUAGAGACGCCAAAUACUUCAUGUAUCAGAACAGAUACACUUACUGCUACAAAUGCUUCAACGACAUACCCGGCGACGCCGUGGUGCUCGGUGAUGAUCCCAGCAUCUCGGGAAUGAGCAUCAAGAAAUCGCAGUUCCAGGAGCUCAAGAAUGACGCCCUUGAGCUGGAGCCGCUGGUCCAGUGCAACGAGUGCGGCCGCAAGCAGCACCAGAUCUGCGUGCUUCACCUGGAAGCUAUUUGGAACACGGGUUUUUCUUGUGAUUUUUGCCUUAAGAAGAAGGGGCAGACCAGGAAAGAGAACAAGUUUACAGCCAGAAGACUGCAGACCACGAAGCUCUCCAAUUAUCUCGAGACCAGAGUGAAUAAUUUCCUCAAGAAGAAGGAGGCUGGCGCGGGAGAAGUUGUCAUCAGAGUUGUGUCCUCAACGGAAAAAACGGUUGAAGUUAAGGCCGGCAUGAAGGCACGAUUUGUUGACACUGGUCAACUGUCCAACGAGUUCCCAUACCGCGCAAAGGCGUUGUUUGCGUUCGAGGAGAUAGACGGCACGGACGUGUGUUUCUUCGGCAUGCAUGUGCAGGAGUACGGCUCAGAGAGCCCGCCUCCCAACUGCCGGCGCGUGUAUCUUGCCUACCUCGACUCGGUGCACUUCUUCAAGCCGCGCCAGUACAGAACUGCCGUGUAUCAUGAGAUCUUGCUUGGCUACCUCGACUAUGUCAGGCAACUGGGGUACACCAUGGCGCACAUUUGGGCGUGUCCACCCUCCGAAGGGGAUGAUUAUAUUUUCCACUGCCAUCCUCCUGAACAGAAAAUACCUAAACCUAAGCGUCUACAAGACUGGUACAAGAAGAUGCUCGACAAGGGCAUCAUUGAGCGCGUGGUUCUCGACUAUAAAGACAUACACAAACAAGCUUUCGAGGACCAUGUCAAGUCGCCUGCAGAGUUGCCCUAUUUUGAGGGAGACUUCUGGCCGAAUGUCAUGGAGGAGAGCAUUAAAGAGCUCGACCAAGAAGAGGAGGAGAAGAGAAAACAAGAAGAAGCAGCUCUUGCCGCAGCUGAAGCUGCACAAGCAGCAUUAGGUGGCGAGGAAGAAGAAGAGGUCUGCUUGGACGGCAAGAAGAAGGGUCAGAAGAAGCACAAAACCAAGAACAAGAACAAGAAUCAGGUCAAGAAUAAGUCUAAAAGCAAGAGUAGUGCUCAGUGCUGCAACGAUUUAGCCCAAAAGAUUUUUGUAACCAUGGAGAAACAUAAGGAUGUUUUCUUCGUGAUUCGCCUUCACAGCGCUCAGAGCGCAGUCAGUCUACCUCCGAUCCAGGACCCAGAUCCCACCAUUGUGUGCGAUCUCAUGGAUGGUCGUGACGCUUUCCUCACGCUUGCUAGUGAGAAACACUUGGAGUUCUCCUCGUUACGUCGAGCUAAAUUCUCCACCAUGACAAUGCUCUAUGAGCUGCACAACCAAGGACAAGAUAGGUUUGUUUACACAUGUAACAAUUGCAAGUUGCAUGUCGAAUCGCCUUACCACUGCCAAGAGUGUGACGAUUUUGACCUGUGCAAAGCGUGUUAUAACAAAGAUGGUCAUCAGCACAAGAUGAUCAAGCUUGGCCUGGAUAUUGAUGAUGGCAUGGGCUCGGCUGAUAACAAAAACCUGAACCCGCAAGAGUUGAGACGUAAAUCCAUCCAACGUUGCAUUCACAGCGUCGUUCACUCAGCUCAGUGCCGAGAUGCUAACUGUCGUCACCCUGCUUGCCAGAAGAUGAAACGAGUUCUGGGCCACACGAAGAUGUGUAAAAAGAAGAGCAGUGGUGGAUGUUCCAUUUGUAAACAACUUAUUGCUUUGUGUUGCUUCCACGCGCGCAGCUGUAAAGAUCAGCGUUGCGUGGUGCCUUAUUGUUGCAACAUCAAACAGAAAGUUAGACAGCAGGAAAUGCAGCAACGACUGCAGCAGCAACAGCUCAUGAAGAGAAGAAUGCAGCAAAUGAACGCUGGUGUUCUGGGUGGCAGCGCUAGUUCGAGUGCUGCACCAAGCGUCAGCAAACCUGUACAGGCUGCGCCCUCCUACAACACACAGGAGGCUGCCGCCACGCCCGCACCUACUCCCCCACAAGGGGUCACCCAGGCGCCCUCACCCAACGUUCUGGAGGCUGUCAAGGAGGUGCAGGCGCAAGCUGCGCGUCAGGUUGGGCCGAGCACGGCGGUGGGAAGCUACGGUAAAGGAAGCCCCUUGGGUGUCAGUGGAGGCCACCAAGGGCCUGGCCACGGCGUUAUGGUCAGCGUCUACCAAGGGCAGCACCCAAUGCAGCAACAGCAGCAACAACGUCCGCAGCAUCCUAUGCAGCAGCAGCAACAUCCUCAGCAGCACGGUAUCAUGGCGAGCAUGGGCAAACCUAUCAAUCAAAUGUCUGUGGGUAAACCCAAUACUAUGGUGCAGCAGCAUCUCAUGCAGCAGCCGCAGCAACAAGUGCAGCAGCAACAACAACAACUGCCCAACAGAACACUGCCCACCAUGGACAAUUGGAACAGAUAUCCAAAUGCUGUUCCUGGUCAAACGAACGGUACAGGAGGCAUGAGACCGACUCUCAUCCAGAACCCUGCAAACGGUUCGGCCCCAGCAAUGGCGCCCGUGGCUGGCCCCAACCCUGCAGGUGCCGUGGCCGCGGGUUCUAUAGGAGGAGCUGCUGGUCAUCAGGUGAUGGGACCUCCUGUGCAACAGCCGCAGCAGCCCCAGCAGCGCAGUACACUCGUCCUGCAACAACUUCUGCAGAAGUUCCGUAGUCCCACGACACCCAAUCAGCAAACUGAGGUUCUGAAUAUACUGAAGACACAUCCCCAGCUUAUGGCGGCCUUCAUCAAGCAGCGACAAAUGCUGCAGCAGCAACAGAACCAGCAGCCAGGGCAGCAGCAGCAGCAGGGACAGCAGCAACAACAGCAGGCUAGUCAGCAACAGCAGGCUCCUCAAACUACUGGGAUGUAUCAGCAGCAACAACAGGGAAUGACCAUGCAGCAACAACAACAGCAGCAGCAAACUGGUUUACAUGUGCCGAUGCAGCAGCAACAACAACAACAGCAACAGCCUCCUACAAUGCAAAUGUCGAUGCAGCAACAGCCACAACAGCAACAACAACCGCCAGGCAUGACUAUGGGUGUACCGAUGGCGGGUAGUCAGGGCGGCCCACAACAAGGCCCACAUUUGGGCGGGGCAAUGCAACACAACCAGAUGCCUAACCAACAGUGGUAUCAACAACAGAAAUUAAUAGCCAUGAGACAGCAACAACAGCAGGUUGGCUUUCAACAGCCUCAGCCGCCCAUGAAUCCUGCAGCGGUGCAACGUCGACAUUUUGGUCCUCAGUCUCACCCUAAUUUCGUACCCCAGCAAAUGGAGGGGCAGCAGUUUGCUGCCAUGGGCUUCAACUCUCAGCAGCAAGUACAAGUAUCACAACAUCAGUCUUUACCUCCUCAGCAGUCACCGCAGCCUCAGCAUCCUCAACAACAGCAGCAGCAGCAAAAGAUGCUAUUACAACAGCAAUUGAAAGGUGGUAGCUCAGCGAUAUCCCCUGGUCCUUGUGUCACUGGUUUAUCUUCGAUGCCUUCGCAGUCUCCUCAGCAACUCAUGCAGUCCGUCACAUCCCCACCUCCAGGUGGAGGUUUACAGCAAGCAGUACGUAGCCCUCAGCCAUCGCCGCGACCCCACCAAGCCCUUCCUUCCCCAAGGUCUGUUGCUGUACCUUCUCCCCACCAAGUUAAUCAAGUGCAGUCACCCCACCCUGUGGUGUCGGGCGGUAACGGUCCACAAGAGAACUUACUCAUGGGUCAGCCUCAGGGUGGUGGUGGUCAACAAGUACUCAUCCCUCCGCCUCCUCCCUCGCAGUCUUCAGGCCCCACUUUGGACUCUGAAGCUCCAGACCUCACCCCACAAGACCAGCUCUCCAAACUUGUCGAUACCUUAUAGUAUAGCUCGGCCCGGCCUCCUGCCUCUGCCUGUAUAUACGCCCCGAAAUUCUUAUGCGAUUGUACAAAGUCACUGUAAUUACUUUGAUGAGAUUCUCAAACUCCAAUUGUGAUUUGUUAUAUUGAUUGCAGUGUCAUCUGCAUGAAUUAUAUAUAUUAUAAAUAUAUAUAGCUACAUGUUAAGCUUCACUGAAGUAAUGUAUAUAAUUUGCGAUACCUAAUAAAUGUGUAAAGUGUACGUACUGAUGGGGUUUUCAUACUACAAUUGUUUUAUAUUGGCUAAUGAUGGGGAGGUUAUUUUGUUGAUGCUCAGCCAUGCUGCUCGUGAUCUCUGUUGUUAGGAGCGUGCCCAACUGUCUUGCUUCACUUCCUUCUGUCUUCCUUGAUUUCACAACUACUAAUUAUUUAUUUUAAUUUACAACGAUUCGCUGUGUAAUACUUGUUUUAAGCCCAUCCCUCGUGGACGCUGGUCUCUGAAGCCUGGGCACAUAUAUAAUUGAUGAUGGCGUUUAGCUGCAGGGCGUUAGUGUUUUACUCAGCAUUCUUCUAAUUCUGAAUUUUACUUGAAUCCAACAAUUCUUGUUGCUGUUGGAAGAAACCGUGCUGCCGUCUUGUUAUUUCUUGUGUCGGGCCUUUGGUCCAGGCUUCCUUUUAUUUGCUAUUUUGCCUUCGCAUUUUACGGGCGCAAUAUGACCUGUUGCCUCAGCUCAAUUUAUCAUUUCCAUGUUGUAUUUCCUCCUUUUUAAGAGAAAAUUAGCUUGGCCUUCAAUUCAUUUCUCCUUGAUUGAUUUAAUACAUGAAUUGUAGUUCCUCAUUGGCUUGUAAUUUGACGACCGUUCGGUGCUGAGUGUCUCACUCUAACCCUAUUGUAACGUUUCGCGAGCUCCCUCUCUAAUUAAUAAUUAAAUGAUCUAAUUGAUAUUUCCUUAUCGCUAAAAAUUUUUAUUCUUCAAGCUGUAAAUUUUACCCCGAGUUUUAUUCUAAAUUGAUACCCAAAGACCGAAUUUGAAUUUCCUGGCUGCUUAAGUAAUCUUCGGCUUUGUUUCUUCCCCUCCCUGCUCGCGGUCAAUGAGGAAUUUUAAGUGUUUUCCUUUUUUGUUAUGUUCUCUGUUGAUCAAUGAGGAAGUGUUGAAUCGAAAGAUUUGAUUAUUUUAUAAUAAACCCUAAAAAUA